CUUCCAAGGUGUGACAUCAGGAGCCAAAGGUUCUGGAACAUGUCCAGGUGGAAUAUUGCUUGAGACAGAACAGCUGCACCGAGCCAAGCCAGUGGGGCACUGGCCUGUGAAGGCCCCGCCGAAGAGCUUUCUGCCUGCUUCACCACCCCCGGCUUGGUUUCACCUGCGGGCAGGAGUUGCUGGCAUCUGUCGCAGCCGUGAGCAGCAUGGAGUCCAAAGGAAGCGGCCGAAGUGGAAACAAGCCCGAGGCCAAGACCACCGGCUCGGGCAAGCUGGAGAAGCCUAACUCUGGGCCUGCCACAGCGGCUGACAAAAAAGACACCCCCGCUAAGGAGCAGCUGCCGCCUGCUGCUGCCACCACCCCGGCCAAAAAGGCGGCCACAGCAGCGAGCGAGGCGGCCAUGCUGAACGACCACAGCAACAUAAAGCCGAGCCCCGCAGCGGCCGCCACGGAGGGUCCUGAGGCCGCCGUGCCCUCGGCUGACUCGGAGCACAAAGGGAACAGUGCCGAGGAGUCCCCUGGCAGCAGCAUCUUUGAGAACAUGAAGCCCCUGCUCAUCAUAGGAGGGGCAGCGGUGGCUGCCAUAGCUGUGAUUGUGGGCAUGGCUCUCCUAGCCCGAAAAAAAUAAUUUGAAAAAUUAACCCCAAGAACCGCCGAGGAAACAGAGAUUCCCUGGGCUCUGUACAGUUCCUUUGGAGAAAAAUGCAUGCUGUUAGCUCUAUACAUACCUAUAAAUAUACAGUAUAUAUAGAGAGAGCAAGCUAGAUAAGUAAAACUGCAACCAUGGCCACUGUUUUGUUCAAGAUGAUGUGCCAGUGUUGACCUGGUGUGGCACUCAGUGCACUCGUGCUCUUUCAUGUAAUAUAAUUCGGCUUGCACUGCUGUGUGUAGACGGCUUCUUCCGGUCUGUGUAAGCAAUUGCUGUGUUUCCUUUCCGUAUCUCCCAUGCCCACCUUUUGUCCAGAUGUCUAAACUUCAUCCUGGCGUUGCAUUCAGAGCCCAUUCGGGUCGUAGGAGAGCAGAUGGAGGAAGAAUCUCCCAUGUGCAGGGCCUCCUCUUAUCACCCCUGUUGUAGCACAGUGAGGCUGUUUGAUUGAUCAGGAGGCAGCAGGCAGCAUUUUUCUAAUCCAAGGGGAAUGUGGCAUCCAAAUGCUUGUCCACCCCUAUCAGAGCAUAUUCUCAUUUAAGCCACAGGGUUGAAAUUGGAGCAAGUGCAGCUCUUGAAAUUCAAGAAGCAAGCAUGGCCUACAGCGACCUACAGCAUAGUCUGAAGCCCAUAAGAUAACACACUGGCGCUUGUCGUCAUGCAGUGUGGCCCUCUGGUGACUACCAGCAUGGCGACUUAGAAUAGUCGAUGACUUGAGUGGCCAAGAGUAAGAGCCCUCUGUCUGCAACAUUUCAGUCCACACCAACUGCAACACAAAGCAUCUGGCACUGGCCUGGCAACCCUCCCUUCUAGAAUGCAAAUACCCUUGAUGGAGCAUUUUGCAUCUCCAGAUAUUUAAAUCAAUAUGCUUCAGUGUCUGUGGAAGUCAAUGAGCCCUUCUAGGCGUAUGGAUUUUGGAUGAAUGCUGGUGCUUCUCCAGGCAAGGUUGUCCUAUCUUUGUUAUGACUGGAGUGCAAGGUGAAAGUAAGAAGCAGUUGCAUGAAUAAGUAGCUUAUGGGUUUGCUUUCUUUUUCUUGGAAUGAUGGUCCUUCUUUUUUCUUUCUCUUGGCUUGUGAUCAACCAGCACCUGGAUUAUGGAUUAGGAAAUGUGAAUGUGGAAUAUCCUGCUCCACUGUAAGGAACUGAAGUGGAUGGAUAGUCUUCCACUUGCUCAUAUUUUGCAACUUUAAUACAGAGGUGCCAGGGGGAUGGUUUAAUCCCAUUUAUUUCACUGGAAACUGUGUAGAGAAAUAAAGGAAAAUGACUUGUUGGGACUCCCCUGCCCAUUAUACUUUGAACUGGGUAUUUAAGAAGAGAGAAAAUUCCCCGUGUCUUGAGUUAGCCUUGCUUCAUUGGUGACCUUCUUGAAAUAACUAAAGAUGGACUUUGAGAGGGGGAAGAAGCAAUUAAACACCUUUGUUUGACAUGUCUACCAAAGAUCUUUUCAUGACCACAAGAACUCUAGGCCAUUGGCACAUAGAUUAUGAUGUAUGAAUGACCGGAUUGCACUGGUGUCAUGAUCAUUAGACGAGUCUUUACCUAACAAAAGACAAGAAAAGAAACUAAUUAGAUUGGUCUAGUCUUUGCAAAGCUCUUUAUUUUUUCUAUAGGUUGGGAUAA